UCCCGAGCGGGAUAAAACCGCUCCCGAGCGGGAUAAAACCUGUCCCGCUGUUUCCUCGUCCCUUCAGCACCCUCGCUGCCCCGUACGCAGUGCCUGGGAGCCGCUGGAGGUGUUGACCAUGAAGCCAUCAGUACCAGCUGUGGCCGUGUGGGGGAGAACAGCUCCCUCUCACAGCAUCACUGCUGUGAUGAUCACAGAUGACCAGCAGACCAUAGUUACAGGGAGCCAAGAAGGACAAAUAUGUCUCUGGGAUCUUUCAUCAGACUUACAGAUUUCAUCUAAAGAAAUUCUGUUUGGCCAUACUGCUUCUGUAACUUGUUUGGCAAAAGCAAGAGAGUUUGAGAAACAGCCAUACGUAGUAAGUGCUACUGAAAAUGGGGAGAUGUGUGUUUGGAAUGUCACUAGUGGACAGUGCAUUGAGAACGCAAAGCUUCCUUAUAGGCAUACAGCAAUCCAUUAUUACCAUUGCUCAUUCCGAAUGACAGGUGAAGGCUGGCUUCUUUGUUGUGGAGAAUAUCAAGAUGUUCUUAUUAUUGAUGCUAAAACUUUGGAUGUUCUUCACACUUUAUCAUCAUCUCAGUCUUCUGAUUGGAUAAAUUGUAUGUGUAUUGUACACUCUGCAAGAAUUCAAGAAGACUCUUUAGUUGCAGUGUCUGUAGCUGGAGUUCUCAAAGUAUGGGACCUGUCUUCAUCUCUGAAUAGCAUUCAGGAGAAACAAAGUGUGUGCGAGAAGGAAUCAAAAUCUCUGGACUGUGUAAACUGUCAAGCAGUAAGAUUUUGUACUUACACGGAAAGGCUCCUUCUUGUUGUGUCCUCCAUGUGCUGGCAGGUCUAUGAUUAUUGUGAUUUCUCCUUGCUUUGUACUGAGUUCUGUAAGAGUGGUCAGUGCCUUGCUGGUGGGGAAGUGCUGGCAGCUUACAGACUUAUCAUCUGGACAGAAGAUGGCCACAGUUACAUCUACCAGCUGCUAAACAGUGGCCUUUCUAAAAGCAUGUACCCUGCUGAUGGGAAGGUGCUGAAGGAAACAGUUUAUCCUCAUUUACUCAGCUUUACUGGCAUGAAGGAAAAUAAGAGUCUUCCUUUUGUCAUGGGCUUCAUGAAUGAAAGAAAGGAGCCUUUCUACAAGGUUCUUUUUUCUGGUGAAGCUUCAGGACGGAUCACUUUGUGGCAUGUUCCUGAUGUUCCUGUGUCAACGUUUGAUGGUUCUCCAAAAGAGAUCCCAAUUACAACCAUGUGGACUCUUCAGGAUAAUUUUGAUAAACAUCAUUCCAUGUCAGAGGGCAUUAUUGAUCAACUUUGUGGAUCUGAAGAUGGAUUUGGAAGCACAGUUGUCAGUUCCUCUGUGUACAUACCUGGUCUUGAUAAGCUUGUAUGUGGAUGUGAAAAUGGGAAAAUUUUUGUGACAUUAGGUUUAGAAACUGCAAGAGCAAGACUUUUAGAAAACAUAUCUUUUCUUGAAGAUAAUCUACCUUAUAAGGUUCUGAAUGGUCACAGUAGCAGAGUCACUUGCUUACUUUAUCCACAUGACAAAUCAGUAAGAUUUGAUCCCAGCUGGCUGUUAUCAGGGGGCCAGGAUUCUGUUGUGAUCUGCUGGGAUUUAUUUACUGGAGGCAUCCUACAGCAGUUUAAUCUGCAGUCUGGUGCAGUGACAGAGCUCUUGCGAUCCCCAGAACACUACAGAUUAAGAGACCAGAGUAUAGUGUGCUGUGUGUGCAGCGACCACUCAGUAGCAAUUCUGCACCUCCAGAAGAGAGAAUGUCUCUUACAUGCUAGAAAGCAUCUGUUUCCUGUGAAGAAGAUAAAAUUUGACCCUCUUGAGAAUGUGCUAAUUGUUGGAUGUGAAGACAAUUCAGUUUACAUUUGGGAAAUUGAAACAGGCACACUGGAACGACAUGAAACUGGUGACACAGCAAGAGCAAUUCUUACUGCUAUUGAAGAUUCAGAAUACUUAGUGGCAGGUGCUCUACUUCCCGUGUCUCAGGAGUCAAAACGAAACAAGAAUUCUGGGUACAAACACUCCAGCUCAUACAAGCAUGGCAUAGGCCCUUAUCCUGCUCAUACAGAGAAGUCUUCAGAUAAGUUGACUGAUACCAGCUGCAUCCAACAGCCCUUUACUAUUUUACCAGCUAAGACAAAAUGGAACAAUGCCAACUUUCAUAUUCUCUUAUUUGACCUGGAAAAACUUGAGGAACUUCUCUCAUCUCAACUCAAUGGAUUGAAGUCAUCAAAAUCAUUCCACAACCAAUACACUCUAGACAGAGCUAAAAGUACUACUGAGAAAAGGGCACUGACAUUAAAAAGAAAUAAAACUGCUGCCUUUGUACCUCAAGUAGAUGGGCAGGAAGAGACUGUUUGUUCAGACCAAGUUCACAAAGAUAAUUAUCCAGCUAGGCCUAUGGAAGAAGGUGGUGGCAUAAAAAGAUGGAAAAAAAUGAAGAGUUCAAGAAAGAUCAGAAUGCAGCCAUCAGGAAACAUCGAUAUGAACACUGCAACCGAUACAGCUAAACUGCUUUUAUCAUGUCUCCUACCAUGGGGUGUAGAUAAAGAAAUAGACAAUCUCUGUGCAAGUCACCUGAACAUCUUGAGGCUUCAGUGUCCUGUUUCUUUUGGACUUGUGUCAGAUGAAAGCCACCUCUCACUGAUGUUGCCAGGAUGGAAAUGCACUGAUUGUGAUGGGUUAGGAGAACAUGGAGUUUUCAAUUUGUUUUCAAAAAGAGUCCUUGAUUUAUCAAACAAAUACCUUGCUGCUACUGAAGGACAAUUUGGAAAGAAAGAUGGACCUGAGAAUAAUGAUUAUGCAACAAGGGACUUGGAAACAGUAUUUUUCUUAUUUAGCAGAAUAGCAUUAAUCAGCAGGAUAAUUAACACACCUUCAUCAGUUACAGAUGAAAUUGAAAGUCCACAGAAACCAGAAUCUGUACAUGACAAAUGGCGAAAUGUGGAAGACAUAACACUUUCAUGCCCCAAUUUUUAUGCAGAAUUACCAAGCAAUAAGAGUAGACAUCAUUCCCCAGACUUUGGGAGCAUUUCAUUGCUGAAACUCAUUUGUUGUUGGAAUGACCAAUCUGUAAAGAUUGUUGAGGCAAUGCAAGCAGUGCUGCUGGCAGAAGUUCAAAGGACUAUUAAUCCCUUGAGAAAGACAGCAAUUUGCAGAGAGCCAUUGGCCAGAAUAGAGAAUGGAAAUGAUGACAUGAAGCAACAUCCCUGGAUAUCUAAGGUGUGCUCCUGUAAGGUGUGCUAGAAGAAAAACACUGAGAUGAAAGAAUUGGAAGAUGUAGAAGGACAACCAAGAAAUAGGACAUAUAUGGUGCGGUGGACAUGAAAUGGCUUUUUGUAUUUAUUAUGGUAUCUUUAACAAUCCAUUUUCAGAAAAAAUACCUUCCAUAAGAUCAGCUUCUUUUGGCUGAUUUAUUGUCUUCAAUUCACACUCCUGUUGCUAAUAGAUUUACAUACAUAUUUACAUAAAUUUGAGUAGUUUUAAUAUAGAAAAUAUCAACUCUUCAUUUUUGGAUAUCAUUCAUUUGUUCAUGUAGUGAUCUUUAGAACUUUGAUUGCCAUUAAACAAUUAUAUCAAUUUUAGUAUUGUUUUACAUACAUAAAAUUUAAAUUUUUCUUCCUCUUUCCUUAUGACUUUUCUUAUCAAUAGCAUUUUAACACUGAGUGAAACCAAAUGCCUUUCAAAUAAUCAGAAAAUUUAUUUUUACUGAAAAUAGAAAUUCACAGUUUGAAUUAAACAUGGAAUGUUUAGAACUAAAAAACAAAGAGUAUUCUGUGCACUUGUUAUCAAUUUCAAUUGAUAUUAUUCUGUGCAUUUGUUAUCAAUUUCCCAUUCUGAGACAAUGGGAAAUUGAUAACAAAUCUGGCCAUGUCUAGGAUGUAAAUUUUCCUUUUCUCUAAAAACUGCCAUUGCCAUCAUCUGUAGAAAGGUAGUACCAGUAUGGAACUGGAGUAGCCCAUUGGGGUCCUCUUCUGAAAUUAUAUACUUCACUUAAUAUCAAUUUGUGCUCGUUGGGAAAAGCAGCUAUACCUUUUUUACUUGUGUGCUGUGGCUUCAUUCUUGCAUUUCUUGUGCUAGAUAUGUGGAAUAAUAUCAUUGAUGCAUUUAUACUUGCACAACACAACUGAGAGCAGAACAUGCCUUUAGCUAACAUAUAUCCUCCUCUUAACUUUUGUGGCUGAAUGAGAGUUGUAAACAUCAAGGAGGUAAAAAUAAAAUUGUAAAUAUACCUACAGAACUUAGUAGCCCUACAGGAACCUUGCAGACAGUAGAACAAAUUGCAAACAAAGGAUGGACCCAUCUCCCUCCUUUGCUCCUCUUCCAUAUGAACAACGACAUCCAGUUGUUGCAGCAGUCUCUUCCAUGGACAUUAAAAAGUCUGUUCACAACAAGCAUCACUGCUUUGCAUCAGCAUCUGCUCACUUGGGCCAGGAUUACAACUCUUUUGAAAACUCUUUCAUCUAGAUAUUUCAAAAAUGCAUGUGUUCAAGGAGGUCUCAUAACUCAAGGAAUUGGCAAUGGCCAUAACACCCACUACUGCUGUAGUAGCAAUUACAUUUGUGCAACAUG